AUGGUCGCCACUUGUCAUGUCCGAUCCAUCAGUUUACCCACGAGAAUUCACCCCACAACCCUCGCCGUCGAGGUCCAGCUUGAGAGGUUGAGAUCCUCCGAAUCCGCAUCCACCUCGGACUCCACCACCCAAUUGAGCAUACUCAGAGAGCUCCACGAAUGCGUCGACGACUUGCUCCAAUUGCCCACAACCCAGAAAUCCCUCUCCCAAUCCAUGGAGGAAUCCCUGAUUAACGAAUCCCUCAGGUUACUGGAGAUCUGCGGAGCCACAAAGGAAAUCUUCGCCCAAUUGAAGGAUUGCGUGAAAUUACUCGAAUCCUCUUUGAGAAGGAAAAGUAGCAACUUGAACAGUGAAAUCGACGCGUUCGUGAGCUCAACCAAGAGACUGAGGAAACUUGCCUGCAAAACCUUGAAAUCCUCCAAGAAGACCAAAUCUGCAGCAACAGAUCCCGAACCCGAAGACUCCAUCUUUGGGCUUCUGAAAGAAGUCGAAUCAGCGAGCUUCAGCGCGUUUGAGUCCCUUCUGAGCUCGGUUUCUGGUGCUGAAUCGCGUGGGUGGAGUGUUGUUUCAAAGUACUUGAAAUCCAAACAGGACAAGGCGACUGAAAUGGGGCAACUGCAGUCUGAACUGAUGGUGUUGAGGUCGAAUUCGAAAGCCGUGACUUCAGUUGAAGAAGUUCAGAAGGUUUUGAAAGGACUGGCAGGGAUGGAAUGGAGUCUUCAGGAAUCUGAGGAGGAACUGGACUGUAUUUAUAGGAAACUCGUUAAAACCAGAGUUUCUUUCCUAAACAUUCUAAAUCAUUAG